CUCCAUUGACAUUCUGUUAGGAUCAAAAGGACAGCGAUCAAAUUCAACACCUGCCGAAUUACUAAUAUUCAGGGUCCUCAACACAGCGCUUGCACCAUACCAUACCAUAAGCUUAACCUACGCGAAAUUUCGACCCACCAGUCUGAGCUUACCCACCUCUUGGCACCGUUUCUUUGAUCCUCAAUUGUUAUCCCGUUGUUCCUUACAAACGAAACAAACCUGACCAACCAAACCAUUUCAAUCGCAGGAGGAUAGAUUGAGGGCAGAAAUUAAUGGUGUAGCCCUGUACUAUGAGUGCGGCACCCAUUAUCCAUCGAAGAAGAAGAACAUACCCCGCGGAAAGCCGAUGACGAUGAAUGGUUAUUCGAAGGGCAAAGAAAAGGAGAAGGACCGAUAUUUACCUGCGAAGAGAAGGGGAGGAGAUUCGGGAAAAUGGCUCGAUGUGGUGGCAUACGGAAGUUCUAGUGCCCUGUUGGCUUUGAUUCUGAAAUAUGCUAUCUCAGGUCAAUACUGGAAUUUGAACUUCUUUUUACUGGCGCUUCAGUCAGGAACUGCUCUCGCAGUGAUAUGGUUAUUGAAAAGGGGCGGAUAUCUCAAGGAAUUAGCAGGGCUAGAGUUCCAAAAAUUGAAGACUUGGCUUCCUCUAGCUGUACUACUCCUCGUCUCAAAUUACAUAUCUUAUAAAGCGCUUCAAUGUCUUUCAUUACCUACGUACAUACUUCUUUCUACUACGACCAUUUUCACGGUCCCCUACGUCGACAGCAUUCUGUUCGGGACACCGAUUCCUCCGUUCGCAUUUAAAUCCUACCUUUUAAUAUUCUCCGGCAUAGUAAUAUCAGUCAUCGCGGAAAACGCGCAUGCAGAAGCAAGCUAUGGCGACCGACGACUCGAACAAACAUUGGAACCUCAAGAUCCCGUCAUGAUAUUAUUUCUUGGAUAUAUUUUCAUGGUCAUACAUCUUUUAUUGUACAGCACAUAUGAAGCAUGGAAGGCAAAGAUUGUGCCGAAUCUCAAAUUUGGUCAAUGGGAUAUUUUCCUACAUAACCAUGUGCUUAUAUUUAUCAUCGCAUCAGCGCUUUCCUUUCUCAUCGAGGAUUUCUCUGACGAGAACAUGAACGAUUGCUUCCCAUCUUCGAUACGAACAUCGACCAUCUGGGCCAUAAUUUAUACCUGCUUUGGAGUCUUCCCUGUAAUAUUCUAUUCCACCGCAAUUGUUCGAAAAUCAUCGUCAAGUUUCCAUUCGAUUGUCGAAGCUUCGAGUAAAAUGGUAAUAGCCUUACUAGGAAUGUACAUUUAUUCGAAUCCGAUAAACGUGGGCAGUGUAUCCGCUAUAGUGAUAGGGUGCUCAGGUGGUAUCCUGGGAGCGUGGUUAGAAGGAAAACAGCAGCAGGAUGCGAAGGGAAAACGGGUAUUACCUGUUUGAAGAAGAACUUUUUGAAAUAGACCUCUGUACAAGAAUUGUAUUGACAAAAUGGGAGGGGGAGCCAGGCGUUAGAGCACGGUGUUGGGUGCGACUUGUAUACUUUCAGUACAAAAUCACUGAUUAUAUUACUUACAUAUUGUAUAGAAAUCACAAAUAGAGAGGAUUGGAAACGGCCUAGUUACUCGUACCUUCAUCGUUUUGUGAAAAUACAAAAUUGGAAGGAUGGGAAAUACCAGCUAGGUAUCUUUCAUGCGCGGUAAUAAAUGUAUAUUUCAUACCAUCCCUAUUUGUUACUUCGCCUUGCGUCGAGAUAAGUGGACGGAUAUACUUAUAGGAACUGAUUGGGAGACGAAUCACCACGUUCGAAAAGGAGGAAAGAAUGUUGGAUUCCAUUUAUUGUUCGCCCAUAUAGAAGAACAUAACUUUCAGUUUGACACUUAGUAAAAGUCCUACUGGAGUAUCUGAAGCACCUCCUCUAUUAUCUUUCCUCUUCAGCUUUAAUAUAACGUAAUCACCGGUACCUCACCGGGGGUGUUCUUGAGUCGAUAAAGUCAAGCUUCUUGAAGCCGGCUCGAGAAAUAUUUCGUU